UCUUGAGAGUGUUUAUUUUGAUGGAGGUAUCCUCGUCCUCGUCGCCUCUGCUGGACAAUGCCGCGCGGAAGCUACGGCUUCUUGACGAGAAGAUGCGUCGCCAGUGAAGGCGGAGGUGGUUCCCGGCGCGAUGGCGCAAGGAUGGAGCUGGAAAUGUGGUGUGCCACAGGUUCAUUGGAUGCGAGGGCUGUAUGUACUACGAGUUUGAUCACAUUCGCUCCCUUCUUCAAAGGAGGAGAGACCGAUGUGAGCAACUGCCAGAGUUUGCAGUCCCGUGUCAAUCGCUUGAAGGGCAACAAAGACGCUGACGAACAUCUACUCCAGCAGUACUCUUAACUCUUGCGAUCUCAAGUUUACAGGUUGGUGUUCUUCCUUCUCUCGAGCUUUCGCAGUGAAACUAUACACACAGGAUAUCUUGUUUGUGUUGGCACCGCGAGAGCUGGACCUGGUGGAGAUGGCGGUGUAUGGAAACGUGAUACGUCCCGGGCGUAAGAGUGUGUCCGAGACGCUUGGAAAUGGUGUCCAUCAGUUCAUCCAGAGGCCACAGCGCUGUGUCUUCGUCAUGAGAACAUGCUGGCUGCUCCUCCCUCCCCCGCAAUCUUCGCGAGAUGUUUUUCCCGAACGAGAUCAAUCAGGACCAUGGUCUCAGCAUGGUUCCAGUUCUUUCCCCGGGUUCUCUUCGCAGCAGCAGGUGCAGCAAAACCCGAGGUAUCCACAAACUGGACAGCCUCGUGGUCGAGCUCCUCCAUGUGAGCAUCCGGGUCUUGUUCCAGAUCGGGGACGCUGUCAUCUCCCUCUUCUUCAUGACCCUGCCGGGAGCUCUCAAUCACUCAUGCAUGCAUGCAACCUAAGAAAUGUAAACUCACCGCCAUACGCUGCCGGGGCUCCCAACAGCGUAUCAUCCCACUUUGCAUCAUGGUGGAUCGCUCCAGAGCUUCAAUCCGAGAUCGAUCCUGAGAGUGAGAUAAAGCCCUUGCACAAGAGCCUCGGUUUUCAUAAAAAACAAUAGAUUGAUUCUUCCAUUACCUUGCAAGAUUCGCAACAGGC